GUGACUAAUACAGGAAAUUCAGAAUUUGCGCCCUCCAUUCAGUUUGCUUGUCAGUCGAUGCCAUCUUGCGUGUGUUGAUUCACAUUCUGGACUGUGAAGCGUGUUAUAAGUAGUUGCUGGAAUAUCGGAUUUUCUCUCUUUUCCCAAAGAUCUCUGUUGUGCUUUGUGUUGACCAUGGCCGACGCAGCUGAUCAGCAUCGCCAGCAGCGACCUGGUGGAUUGGGAGCCUCCAAGCCAGCGGACGAGGAGGUGCAGCAGGCUGUCAAGGCGGUGCAAAGUGCUAUCGCCUCGCAAGCCAACGCCGAUGCCAACAGCCAACUGACGCCCAUUUCCUAUGGCACACAGGUCGUCGCUGGGAAGAACUAUUUUGUCAAGAUCCGUAUCGGUGCUGAUCCCAAUGCCAAGUAUGUCCAUGCGCGCAUCUACAAAAAUCUCCAGGGUCAUUACGAGCUCAGUGGUAUCGAAGAGAAUCACACCGCCACGGACGAGAUCGGUUAUUUUGAGCGACACUAACGCGGUUCACUUGCGCUAUUGUACGCAGCAGCCGAAGGUGUUUUUAACCUUUUAUAAGCUUAUGUUUUUUAGUGACCUUCUUUUUUGCUUGCCUGAUCUUACUUUUUCCAUGAUAAUUAAUCAAGUGACUCUUUUAUAAUGGGAAAUGCGACGCGCAUUGCUUGGUAAUGGAUAUGCCAUUCCUGUUUGUAUGCAAUACGUUCCUUAGUUGAAAUGCGAAUAAAAAGAAACUUUUA